AUGACGACGCCAAACCGGCCUCCCGGUCCUUCAGACUCGUCUGGUCCAGGAAGAGGAGGAUCUUCUGACCGCCAGAGAGACUCCGCAAACCGUCCCUCAGCUGGGCGCGGCAGUGCUCCCAACCCCAACCAGCCACCCAAUCCUCAAUCUUUUCCUCAGAGGCCUGGCCGCCCAGCCACGACGUUUUCCGGACAAGGUACCCCAAGUAUCCGGAGCUAUUUUGCUCCCAUUGCCGGACCGCCACCUACCGCGAGAGGAUAUCAACAAGGACCUCCGCCGCCUCCGGGAAGAGGUAGCCCUUCUGUACCUCCGCCGCCUCCGGGAAGAGGAAGCCCCUCUGGACCGCCCAGAACAACACAAGGAGGCCCCGCCAGCUUUCAUUCUGGUUCACCAUCAACCCCGGGUUACCUCUCAGGCAUUCGCCCACGUGCCCCUACCAUUGGUCCUCCAGGCCAGUCAACUCCUCAGAGUCCAUCCGAACACUUUACUGGACUAAGAACCAGUUCUUCUGGCCCUCUCCCUGGGUCUCCCCUAUCUGGUGCACAAUCACAACCUGCUCGUCCACGGGCCCCAACUAUCGGCUCUGUAGGUGGUCCAAGUCCGAGUCUUGGGAGAAGUCCACCAGGGCAGUUUACUGGAUUGAGAACCAGCUCUUCUGGGGCCCUUCCUGCUUCUCCCUUGUCGCGACCGGCGCAGUUCGCAUCAGCAAGUCCAAGCACCCCUGCUAGACCUCUACCCGGAUCUCCCUCCCUCGGUAGAGGCACUCCUGGAUCGGGAAGUCCUUCUAACCGACCUCUGAGUGGCUCUCCAGCAUCUGGAGGCGGAAUCCCGUCUCGACCUCGUGCUACUACAACAUCGAGCUCGCACGGAACACCCUCCAAGCCACCAAAGCUUCUAUACAAGACUUUCCGGGUGACCAAAGAGCUUACUGCAUCAGAUAUUGAGUUUCUCAGAACCCGCGGUGGUGUCCAAGGAUUCAUUCCGCUGAAGAUUGGAGACUUUGGGGUCAUUCCGAAUAUCACAAAGAAUUUCAUCGGUGAAGAGCUGGCCCACUAUCCUCAGGUUCAGCUUCUCCAAGAUGGACCCAACGGGCCCAAGCCGCGCAAGGACACACCUUUUCCAAAUGGAGUUUGCCUAGUUCCCUCAUCCAUCAUUGAGAUUGGAGUUCUUGUUAAAGAAGAGGUGAACCUGGUCGAUGCUGCAAACCUGGCGAACCCAUCUCUGAAACUGCAACUCCAGCAAAACGCCUCACCUUUGCAGAGAUUUUUCGAGAGCUUCGUGAAUUCCAUGGCCGACCUAGACAUCCAGAAGCAACUCAAGUUGUACGGUGUUCCCGAGGGAGUUGUCGACAUUAUGGGCGAGGCGGACAAGCGCGGCACUUUUGUCAAGGAGCUCUUGAUUGGUAUGGAUCACUGUGGAACACUGCCUAUGUUCGAAAAUGGCUUGCCUAAGCUUGAGGAGAUCUGGUCCAAGUGCAUAUACAUCGACUCUGCUGCUUCGAACGCUCAGUUUAACAAAGCUGGCACGUAUUACUACUUGUUGCUGUACUACGAUGAGAACAAUGAAAUGAACAUUGCGUGCUAUAUCGGGAGAACCUUCAAUCUUUGGCGCCGGUAUAGGCAACACUCUGAUGGCCUAUCAAAACGCCAUUCAACACUUCACUAUCAUAUGGCUCGGAAACGGUUAGAACAAGGCGCAAGCUAUCGCCUCUUUCCUAUUGCAUAUAUUUCGAAUACACUACCGAACUCAAGAUUGUUCAGGUCGUGGGCUGAGACCAUCUUAGUCGUUCUUUUUGAGACCUUCAAUCCCUUGAUGUUACAUAAGUCCGGGUCAUUGGAACUUCUUGCUGGUGAUAUCCCUCCAUGGGGUAGGUCACCCGAGCGGGAUUCUCUCCUGCAAACGUCGGGUACACCUCUCGCAAAUCUGCUUCAGGAUGUAGCAAGCGGUAUCAAGAGCUCUAACGCUCCUUUGAGAAGACUCCGUCUUCCGGACCCUGCCAUUGGCUUAAAUUGGUCUGUGCCUUUAGCCGAAGGCAUCAUUCACGAUACAAAUCUAUUUGUUCGAACUACAACUUCAGGGGAUGUUAGUACUGGAAUGCCAGCUAUGUGGACGUUCCGGACCCAUCCCCGGCGAGUAAUGGUAGAUAAGCGCAUUGCGGUACUCGGAGGUCUUGGAAACAACACACAACCGCCGAAGUUUCGGCCACAUAUCCCCUUUGAGGGAACUAAUCUCAGACCUGGAUCUCUUGUCAAUGUUGUAAUGGAGAUCACCGUUGAUCCAACUUCUCGACACCCAUUUCCUUAUAUACAGCUACCAAAGCCUGGGCCCUUCGACUGCUGGGAGGAAGCUUUCCGGUUGGGUAUACGAAUUGAAUUCGAAGAAGAUGGUGUAUGGAAAACCCGUUACAUCAAACAGGAGCACUUCAUGGCCUUUACUGCAAGGGUUAAAUCGAUGAAGGCGCGAGAAUUCGGUGAGGAGAUUGACCUCCUCGAGCUGAGCUGGCUCCAUUCUAUCAAGACCAUCGGAGCUUUGCUAAACUGGCGGUGGCAGCAAGACGAGGAUAUCCUGGUUCAGAGAGUCUGGGUUCCUUAUCGUUGCCGACUUCGUGCAAUCGAAUUCGACUUCUUCAAGCAACAGCUCGUUGUGGCUGACGUGCCAUAUGUGUCAAAGCCGCGCCCUAAGAUAUUGACACUGGAUGAGACAGCUGACCUGAUUGAACAAGUAUUUGGUGAGGAUGUUCAUAUUGGCAGCCUUCCAGACCAGGCCUUAAUUGUAACUCCGGGAGCUGGAACACGGCAAAAAUGUGAUCUUUGCUGGGUGGCAGAUCGCAAUGUACGCAUGGCCAAAAGUUGCGUGGCCCAAAGGCGGGUAGUCAAAAACAUUGAUGGCAUUGAUCUGUUCCAAUGUCCGUUUUCAGCUGCGCUGGGGUGGUAUUGCACAUUCACGGAGAACGUUGAGACUCGGGAAGAUUUACGCGACAUGUUGUACCGUCGACCGAUCAAUUAUGAGGUGGAAACCAUUGCACCUCCACCCAAUGUGUUCCAAUACCUCGAAAUUCGGGAGAAGUUGAACGAAGAGGCGAUUCCUGAGGGCGAUGGUGAGGCUUAG